UGCCAGUGCCAACCCACAUUUUUUAAUUUAAAUAAACUAUUUUAAGAAGCAAUUAACGAUAAAAUUAAGUGAAUUCCAACCAAGUGUGAAACAGUAAAUAAGAAUAAUGAGUGUUCAACAAUUCGAGCGUGAAGUUCUUGAUACCCACAAUAAAUAUCGGGCAAUGCAUGGGGCCCAGCCUUUAAAACUUAGUCCCAAACUGAAUCAAUUGGCCACUGAAUGGGCCAAGUAUUUGUUGGCCAGAAAUUGCAUGCAGCAUCGUCAAAAUAGCGGAUAUGGCGAGAAUAUUUACAUGGCCUCCGGGGGAAAUCUGGGAGGAGCAGAUGCAGUUCGAUCCUGGUACGAAGAAGUCUCUAAAUAUCAAUGGCACUCUCCCUCGUUCCAAUGCAACACAGGACACUUCACUCAGGUGGUGUGGAAGUCCUCCACCGAACUGGGAGUCGGCUUUGCUAAACGGGGUAAUACCAUAUUUGUGGUGUGUAACUAUAAUCCGCCUGGCAACUAUAACAACAUGUUCCGAGAAAAUGUAGCCCCGAGGAGUCGUUAAAUAAUAGUCCUACCUAAAACAUAAGAUAUCAUUCCAAAGAGAAAAUACCAAGACAAUACCAAAAUAAGAAUUUAUUCCUGCAAACAUUCCUUAUUAAGAAACCGUAUCGACCUGAAGCCAAAGAAUUAAGAGUGCAUUUAAAAGCAAAAUAUAUAUUAACUAUAUUAUGGAUAAACAAUAAAAAAUAUAUAGAACGUCAAUGAUCUGAAACAGA